AGACCUGGACGAAGGCGCAGUCUGCGGUAUAUUUCACUUAGCGCCCAACGGUCACACAGUUAGUUUUAUGAAAAUCGAACGCGCAACAGGUGUUCAAUCGCAAGCAACACGCUUGAAUUAAACGAAUCGCCGCGCGGAAAGCGCUCGCCAAGCCAAAGAAAACCCCAAGUCGCUGUGCGGAAAACUAAGGAGUUAUAGUAUCAUAGCAUAAACAGUGGAUUGUGGCAAAGCAAUCGUGAAUCAUUUGCACCUGUUCGGCGCCCAACAUUCCUGAACUUUUUUUUGCGUUUCUGCGCCUGCGUGUGUGCCUCAUUUAGUUUUCCCCAUUUUGUUUACCUCUAUCGCGGGUGUUUUUUAAAGUGUUCGCUUCGAUUUCGAGCAAGACAGCAAGUGGCUGGAAACAUUCGAAAAUUUGCUAGCUGCAAUUGCAGCUUAUUUUCUAUUUAGCCAAGCCAAGAGCAAGGGAAACACCAACAACAACCGCAACAACAACGGCAGCAGUAGAAGCAGCAGCAUAAACAUAAACCAAAAAACCGGUUAAGGCGGACAAGAGUGAGAAAGGCGCCCCAAAAAGAGCAAGCGGGACAAAACACUCACAUAAAAGGUGAAACAAAAAAAUACAAACAACGAAAAAAUAAUAUUCUCGGAUUUUGGUUUUUGUUAUUUUGUUCCACGCAAACAGAAAAUAAGUGUGUUUGUUCUUUGUUCAAACGUGUGUUGACAUCGAGUUUUCCAUUCCUUUCCGAAUUCCUUAUCGGCCGAUCAAAUCGAAAGUGAACGAGUAAUUGCCUUUCUGGUAUUUGUUUUAUUACAAUUCGAUAUUGCUAUUGCCCAAACUCUGCGCGUGGCCUCCUUCUUAUCGGCCGUCCAGUCUACUCCACUCCAAUCCACAAGACGAACUACCUGUUGCCGCAACAAUUAACACCAGGCCCCAGUCCGCGAAACACACCCUAAAAAAGCUCUUCAAGAUUUGUGGAUGUUUUCAGAUCUUCCGUAACAUGCUCUUGUCCAACGAACAUUGAUUGGGUACAUCAGCAGCACAGCCCGAAAAUGGAAGCCGACAACGGCAGCAAAUCCCCAAUGGAGCACGGUUCCGAGGGAUGUGAUGAGGUGGACUUCAUAGUGGCCACGCACAACAAUAACAACGAUUACGAGGAUUUGGGCAGCGUUAGUCAGGCGGUGAUCCACACCAAAGUAGCAGCAGCAACAGCCGCAGCAGCAACAACUGCAGCAGCAGCAACACCAAACAACGAACCAAACAGCAACACGCCGAAGAAAGCCAAGGAGCGUCGCACCCUCUUCCACUUCGGGAGCAGCAGCAGCAAGAAGCUGAGUCAGAGCAAGUCGCAGGAGAGCCAGGAGGCGGGCAGCAAGGAUGCUCCUCCGGCGACAACUCCUGCUCCCCUGCCGCCGGUGCCAAUUGGUACGCCACCGCGACAGCACAAGUUCGUGAAGAGCAACAGCUUGGCCAGAUUGCUGGGCAACACCUACAAUGCCAAGAAGUUCGAGAAGCAGGAGCAGAAGCGUCUGGCCGCCGGAUCCGAGGGCGGCAAGUUCAACACCUACAGCGGGAGGCGUGGUCGCGCUGGUCCCUAUCUGGAGCGCUUCAAGCGGGUGUCCAAGGAGGACGGCGAUGUGGCUGGCGAGGAUGACACCGUCCGGGUAACGAACGUCAUAACCCUGACCACGGACUCGCGGGACCUGCUCUACGGCAGCCGGCAGGAGCAUGUGGGUCGCACUGGGGGCUACGACCAGAACGAUCAGCUCACCUCCAAGGCGUAUCGCACGCUCACCCGCAGUUUGGGCAAACUCUGGAGGCGCACACACAGCGUGGAUAUCAGCACACCCGAUCCGGAGUUCAAGGUCUCCUACCUGGGCAACGUCCUGACCGGCUGGGCCAAGGCAGGUGAGGGUUGUGUGGAGAAGCAGCUGAACACGCUGUGGCGGAACUACACGCAGCACUCCAAGCCGGACGUGAUCAUGCGCCUGAAGGUGUGCGCCUCCGGCUUGAAGGCCACCACCCGGCAGCACGGACUCACGGAGUACUGGGCCCACAGGAUCACCUACUGCUGCGCACCGAAGAACUAUCCGCGGGUCUUCUGCUGGAUCUACCGCCACGAGGGCAGGAAGCUGAAGCACGAGCUCCGCUGCCAUGCGGUGCUCUGCAGCAAGGAGAAGAUCGCCCAGGACAUUUGCGAUACCCUGCGGGAAAACCUGGAGAGCGCUUUGCGCGAAUUUAAGCGUGAGAAAAUUCUGAAGCAAAACGCUCGCCUGAGUUUGGCCAACGCCGUCUACGACAAUCCGAGCUUGCCGCGCCGCAAGAUCAUGCUGAGUGUGGGCGGCAACAACUACAGGCCGCCACUGGAGCGCUCCAAGUCGGCGCCCAAACUGAUGGCCAUCGAGGAGGCCAUUGGCGAGGAGGAGGGCGAUGAGAUCGAGGACACCAAUGAGCCGGAGAUGAUGCCGUGCUGUCAGAAGGAUUCCCUCUAUCCGGCCAUGACGCUGGGCAGGCGUCGUUGUCGUCGCGGGCACUCCAUUCGGCGAACGGGCAAGAUUCAGUCCUCCUCGCCCUGCUGCAGUUCGCACAUGGCGAAGGAGGUGCCGCAGGAAGAGACCAAGCAGGUGGCGGCGGCGAGCAGUCCCGCCAAUGAUGGCUCUGAUUCGGAUGACUUCGAGAAGCUGCUGAAGUUCGAUACGACCUUGAGCAAUGAGUUGUUGCCGUACUUCGACAUGCAGCUCCACAAGAACAGCAGCCAGAGCAUGGUGAGCCUAAGCGAACUCAAGGAGGAGGAGGGCGAACCGCUGAGCCUCCUGCCCACCAUUAACAGCGAUCCCAGCGCCGAUCCAGAGGCGGACUACAAUGCCGAGGAUCACGAUGUGAGCGCGCCACGACGCAGUGGCGUUUGCAGUGACGGCGAGGAGGACUUUCUGGACGAUGCGGACGACCAUUACUUCCGGCAUGCGGCCAUGCUGACCAUGCUGCACCGCAGUUCGAUGAGGAAGAUGCGGGCGGCCGAUCAGGCGAGUCUCAAGUACCGCCACCAGACGCAGUCAUCUAUCUCCUCCAAUGCGUCCAGCUCGACGACGGCCAGCACUUCGGCGGCAGCGGGCGGUGGAUCCGCCCAACAGGGUCUGGCCAGUCCGGACAGCGACGAAGGAUCCAUAUCCAGCGGCUGCGAGACAGCCAGCACAGUCACAAAUGCCAACCAUGAGGAGUACAACGGCAAGCGGGAUAGGGAUCCCGGCCAGCUAGAGCAGUCGCCGGACUUGGAGCUGGAGCAGGCGCAAGUGCUGGAGCAGAUGAUGAUCUACCAAAGACUGGAGCACCAGCUGCGCAACAACAGCGGCGAUGCCACCAACUACAGCAGCUCGAGCAGCAUCACCCUGAAGCGCAGCAAUUCCGGCAGCGACAAGCAGGAGAGGAGCGACCAUCCGGAUGACGACAACAGCGACAGCGACGAGAGCGGCUACGUGGAGUUCCAGGAGAAGGAGCGACCGGGUCAGCAGCCGGUCAUCAGCGAGGCAAGCGUGACGCUGGCCAAGAUUGCGACCGUCAAGCCGCAGAUACCACCAAAGCCGGCUCCACGUCGCUCGCUCAGUCUCAACGCGGUGGCCACCACCGGCACUACAGCGGCCUCAUCCGCUGGCCAGGCACCGGGCACCGCCGUCUGAGCGGAAUGCUUUAAUCACAACGGAAACCCGUCUACAAAUUGUUAUUUCUGCACACCCGUCAGCGUCCACAGCAAAAACACAAAGUGCAAGAAAUUGAAAUCCUAGUUGUACGUUAGCCAUUAGCACCUAGCCGUUAAGUCAUUUGUUGUUGGUUCAUCGAGAGGAAAACCUAACGAUAUUCCCCCAUUUUUCCCAUCCCAUCAUCUAAAUCUGUGCCCCUUGAUCCAAAAAUAAUGAAUUUAUAUUGUACGCCUUUGUAAAUAAAUUAGUCGCCCUACGCACUGCAUGUACUAUAUACAUUUACACAAUUGUAAUUGAUGAACUGUAUCUUAUGUAUCAAUAUAAAUUAUUAUCUGAACGGUGUGUGCUGCACAGAGGAAAGUGUAAACAAAAUUGGUUAGAUUACCAUAACAAAAUUUGAGUUGUGUUACAUUUAGAACGAGUUAUAGUCCUAAAAUAGAAAGAACCUAAACCAAU